AGUUACCGUACCGAAUUCCAAAUGGAAACUACAAUUUUUUAUAUCGUCGUAAUAAUCUCAUUUUUAUCUGUGGUUACUAACGCUGAAGUGGAUUGCGAGGCACCUGCAAAUUUUAAGCAGGAUCCUAAAGAAUGUUGUGCUAUACCAACCCUUAUAAGUGAAGAAAUUGUUGAAAAAUGUCAAGGCAUUGAUAAAAGGGGUCCUCCACAACCAACAGAAGGCCUAAUGGAGGGCAGUGAUAAUGAAAAUAGACCACAUCCAUCGGGACCUUCUAGACAUCGACAUCAUGGAAAACAUGGAGGACGUCAUCACCACCACCACCAUUGUUCCUGUGUUCUAAAUGAAACUGGUAUUUUAGUAGAUGGUCAGCUAAAUGAAGAUAAUUUGGAUACAUUCCUAGACAAUGCCGGCGAGGAGACUCCGGAAAUUAUACCAUUGUUAAAGGAAUCCUUUCAAGAAUGCUAUCAAAAGUCCGUAGAGAUAAUGCAAAAAAUACAUGAGAGAUUUGGAGGCGCCCCGCCAAUAAACCGAAGAGGUCCUCCAGGUGGACGAUGCUCUCCGCAGGGUGAUAUGAUAUUUCAUUGUGCUAUGAUGAAAACCUUUAAAGCAUGCCCCGACUCUAUGUGGAGCAAAAGUGAUGAAUGCAAUGAAGUACGAGAAUAUUUCACCGAGUGCAUGAAGCCAUCCAAAGAAGAUGAAGAAAUAUGAUUUUUAAAACAAACAAAAUUUUAGUUGGUAAUUUCAAUAAAUGCAUGCGUUACGUUGGCCCCUAUGCGUUACGUUACCCACCCAA